AGACCGGAUGUUGGGGUGUAGCAGGAUGCUAGGAGCUAACAGCUAACUGAGGUAAACUCGUCGGUCGGUGCUCAGCGGGUUCUCAGACUCGGAUUCGGACCCGGAUCAGGACCUGGUUCCUACUCGAGCUUCUUUAAAAACGGUUCUGGGAGCUGGUCGUGCGCGCGCGUACCGUCUCCAUGGCUACGGAGGAGUUGUACGAGGUGAGUCGACUUCAUGCUAACAUGCUAAUGUGGCUAACAGUAAAGUUGAGAGUGAAGUUUAUAAAACUAGUUCAUAUCAGCUGACAGGUUAAUUAACAGCGAGUUAAUUAACCGACUUAUUAGAAAGAGGGAGAGAGAGGGAGAGAGAGAAAGAGAGAGAGAGAGAGAGAGAGAGAGAGAGUUAACGGCACAGUCAGAAGUCCAGUUAGCUCCGAGUUAGCUCCGAGUUAGCUGCUGUUUGUACCUGAUUAAUCCUCUUUAGUUUCAGUGAGUCACUGUGGAUCCUGGUUACUUUAAUCUGCUGCUUUAGUUUGUGGAUUACCUUCAAAAUAAAACAUGAUAAACUUCAGACGGUUUAAAACAGUCUGUUUGUUCAUUUAAUGACUUUAUAUUAAAGUUAGAGACAAAAAACCAAGAACAUGGUCAGUGUUUCUGCUCAUAUGUUGUUAUUUAGGAUGGAAACAUGUUAAUUUAGUAAAAAUGACUGAGGACAUUUAAAACCACUGAGGCUCAGUCAAUUAUCGAUUGGUGCUGUCUUAAACUAACCCACACCUGUGUUUGUCUGCACACGCACAACAUUCAUCUUUAUCAUUCAAACUAACAACCAUUCUCACAGGUGUGAGGUUCACCUGUCCACUAUCAGAGCUCAUUUCAGGCCUGACCACCCGGACACAGACCAGUGUUCCCAGAUCAAACUGACAGUUUCAGCCCAGUCCAAUAAAAACCACCAAGUUUACAGAUAAACCCGUCAAAUCACGACACGUGCAACAGAAAAACGCUCCAGAGCUUCAUAUAACAUCAAAUAACCACAAUAAAGAUAGAAAGGUUUAACUGCCGAAAAUCAACCACAGAGUACGCUAAUUAGAAGACGAACCUCUGACAUCAGAGCGCCAGAUUAGUGAUAAUGACCUGCUGCACUUUAACAUGGAGGCCUAAUAAACGUCAUUAUUUACAACACAAAUGACCCGUAUGAGGACACCAUGAGGAAACCAGCGGGUGUGAACUAAAAAAAACCUGUGUGAGUGGGCGUGUUUAAUUAUGAGUGGGCGUGUUUAAUUGGUUUAAUCAGUUUGAAUCGGGUUAAUUGAUCCGAUCAGCCGCUGCGUGUUUUUAAACCCUGAUAAAUGAUCGAACGCUCUCACUCCGUCUUUUCGGUCCUGCAGGUGGAGAAGAUCGUGGAUAAGAGGAGGAACAAGAAGGGGAGGGUGGAGUACCUGGUCAGGUGGAGAGGGUACGGGUCAGAGGGCGACACCUGGGAGCCUGAGAGUCACCUGUCCACCUGCAUGAUCUACGUCCACAACUUCAACCGCCAGCACGCCGAGCGCCAGAGAGACACCACCCUAAUGCGCUCCACCCGCAGCUCACCCAGCCUACACUGCAGCCCCGCCCACAGACUACCCUACACGCCGCCGGCCGCUCACAGUGACGUGGGCAGUGACAGUCGGGGGUUAACGGGAGGCCUGAGUCCUGCUCUGAGUCCUGCUCUCCCACCCUCACUCGGCCUUCCAAGCUCCGCCCCCACCAGCUCCCAGCAGCCCCUGCAGGCCAGCAGACUGGGCAGCGGUCUGAUGUCCUUGGUUGUCUCCGCUCGCCGCGGCCUCGACCUGUCCAAGACCGGGAUCAAGAUUCUGGUCCCUAAGAGCCCGAUGAACAGCAGACCCGACUCUGAGGAAUCUCCGAGCGAGGCGGCGCACAGCCUGGAGGCCGGCGCUCAGGAGGCGCACCUGGUCCCACCUGAGGUGGCGCUGUUGGAGAAACCUGCGGGGGUUCAGCUGGGUCCUGGGGAGGAGAGGGCCCGCAUGGGGACCAGACCCCGGAGCCUGAACCCCCUGCCCCCCCCGCGGGUCCCAAUCACACCUGCAGCCAUGCGCUCCUUUGGAGGCACAGGUGAGGUUAAAGGUCAUACUGUCCAAUCACAGAGUCACUGAUACUUCCUGUUUUUAAAGUUCAAGUCAAGGUGCAUGGACAUCAAUGAACCAAUCAGCUGUUUGAUCACUUAAUCAGUCAACCAAUCAGCUCCUCCCUCCAUUUUAACCAUGAAAACAGACUCAGGUGUCAGAACACCUGUCCUACCUGUUCAGCUGCUCCUCUCUGAUUGGCCCUCUCAGUGUCUCCCUGAUGAUGUCACAUGUUUUCAUGCUGGCGAAUGUCUCUAACGGUUUAGCUGAAUCCGCAGCAGAUCCACUUCCUGUUUCACCCCGACCGGCCCGCCCCGCAGGUCGACCCCACAGGUGACCUCUGCUCUGUCUCCAGGUAACUCCCGACUGAUGGAGGCCGUCGCUGCCAAUGGGAUGUCAGGUGUGCAGAGCUCUGUUACCGGGGUGACCAGUGUGGCCGGGAAACGCCGUCUGGAGGAGCGCUCAGCUUUCGACAAACGUCUGAGGUUCAGUGUUCGCCAGACGGAGAGCGCGUACAGGUACCGCGACAUCGUGGUCAAGAAACAAGACGGCUACACCCACAUCCUGCUGUCGACCAAGAGCUCCGAGAACAACACGCUCAACCCUGAGGUAAGGAACGCCGCUCUAUAGUGAUACUACAGUGGUCACGCGCUCUGUGUUCUGCUUUAGGCCACGCCCCUCUGAACCUGCUAACCUUCACUGACAGCCAUCUUUCUUGCUUGUAAUCCUGCCAGGUGAUGAAGGAGAUCCAGAGCGCCAUGGCAACGGCGGCAUCAGAUGACAGUAAGCUGGUGGUACUGGGUGCUGUAGGAAGUGUCUUCUGCUGCGGCCUUGACUUCCUGUAUUUCAUCAGACGGCUGACAGACGACAGGAAGAAGGAGAGCAUCAAGAUGGCUGAAACCAUCAGGUACCUGACCCGGGACACCUGGGUCUGAUACUGUUCACUGUUAAUGCUGUUCUCACCGACCUCUGACCUCUCCACAGAACCUUUGUCAACACCUUCAUCCAGUUCAGGAAACCGAUUGUGGCGGCGGUAAACGGGCCUGCGCUUGGCCUCGGCGCUGCCAUCCUGCCGCUGUGUGACGUGGUGUGGGCCAAUGAGAAGGCCUGGUUCCAGACCCCGUACACGUCCUAUGGUCAAACACCUGACGCCUGCUCGUCUUUUACCUUUCCUCGCAUCAUGGGCCCAGCCUCGGUCAGUCAGCUGAUUAGCCUGACACUCAACAUUAUCCCUGAUCUGACAUCACAGCAUCAUCCCAGUACCUCUGCACAGCCUCCUCCAAUCACUGACCUCCAAUCAUUGUGACCGUUAGAGGAGGAGUGUCCUCACUCUUCAGAACGACAACAUCCUUCCAAUUGACAGAUCAUUACCCCAACACAACAUUAGCUUUAGCAAGGAUUUACACACCACUGUACUGAGGAUGAUGAUGAUGAUGAGGAUGGUGGUGAUGAUGGUGAUGAUGAAGAUGAUGAUGAUGAGGAUGGUGGUGAUGAAGAUGAUGAUGAUGAGGAUGGUGAUGAUGGUGAUGAUGAUGAUGAUGAGGAUGGUGGUGAUGAUGAUGAUGGUGAUGAUGAUGAUGGUGAUGAUGAUGGUGAUGAUGAUGAUGGUGAUGGUGAUGAUGAUGAUGAUGGUGAUGGUGAUGGUGAUGAUGAUGAUGAUGGUGAUGAAGAUGGUGAUGAUGAUGGUGAUGAUGAUGAAGAUGUGAUGAUGAGGAUGAUGAUGAUGGUGAUGAUGGUGAUGAUGAUGAAGAUGGUGAUGAUGAGGAUGAUGAUGAUGAUGAUGAUGAUGAUGAAGAUGGUGAUGAUGAGGAUGAUGAUGAUGAUGAUGAUGAUGAUAAAAAUGAUGAUUGUGAUGAUGAUGAGGAUGAUGAUGAUGGUGAUGAUGAUGAAGAUGGUGAUGAUGAGGAUGAUGAGGAUGAUGAUGAUGAUGAUGAUGAUAAAAAUGAUGAUGGUGAUGAUGAUGAUGAGGAUGAUGAUGAUGGUGAUGAUGAUGAAGAUGGUGAUGAUGAGGAUGAUGAGGAUGAUGAUGAUGAUGAUAAAAAUAAUGAUGUGAUGAUGAUGAUGAGGAUGAUGAUGAUGGUGAUGAUGAUGAUGAUGAUGAUGAUGAAGAUGGUGAUGAUGAGGAUGAUGGUGAUGAUGGUGAUCAUGAUGGUGAUGAUGAUGAAGAUGGUGAUGAGGAUGAUGAUGAUGAUGAUGAUGAUGAUGGUGAUGAAGAUGAUGAUGAUGGUGAUGAUGAUGAUGAUGGUGAGGAUGAUGAUGAGGAUGAUGAUGAUGGUGAUGAAGAUGAAGAUGAUGAUGAUGAUGGUGAGGAUGAUGAUGAGGAUGAUGAUGAUGGUGAUGGUGAUGAUGGUGAUGGUGAUGAUGGUGAUGAUGAUGAAGAUGGUGAUGAUGAUGAAGAUGGUGAUGAUGGUGAUGAAGAUGAAGAUGAUGAUGAUGAUGAGGAUGGUGGUGAUGAAGAUAAUGAUGAUGAUGAUGGUGAUGAUGAUGGUGGUGAUAAUGGUGAUGAAGAUGAUGAUGGUGAUGAUGAUGAAGAUGGUGAUGAUGAUGAUGAUGAUGGUGAUGGUGAUGGUGAUGAUGAUGAUGGUGAUGAAGAUGAAGAUGGUGAUGAUGAUGAAGAUGGUGAUGAUGAUGAUGAAGAUGGUGAUGAUGAUGAAGAUGGUGAUGAUGGUGAUGAUGGUGAUGAUGAUGAUGAAGAUGGUGAUAAGGAUGAAGAUGGUAAUGAUGAUGGUGAUGAUGAUGAAGAUGGUGAUGAUGAAGAUGAUGAUGAUGAUGGUGGUGCUGAAGAUGAGGAUGUGGUCCCCUGAGAAGGUGUUGCUCUCUCCUUAAGUCCUACAGUUCGUCGCCUCACCACAGCAUCAUCCUCAUGACCUUCAUACAGCACUGUCAGAACUCUUUCUGAACUUCAUCAUCGUCAUCCUCACAGAUUCAUCAGUUCUUUCUUUGUCAUCUUCCUCCUCAUGAACCUUCUCAACAGCAUGGCUGACCACAUGACCCUCUCAGCACCAUGACCCUGACAGCUCUGGCAUCACUUCGUCAGCCUCAUGACAUUUACAGCAUUAUCCUCUUAGUCACCUGAAUUUUCGACUGAUCAUGUCUGUUCUCACUAACGGUGUGUUUCUGAUGCUAACAGGCUAACGAGCUGCUGCUGAGCGGCAGGAAGUUGACGGCUCAAGAGGCGUGCUCUAAAGGUUUGGUGUCUCAGGUUCUCUGGCCAGGAACCUUCACACAGGAAGUGAUGCUGAGAAUCAAAGAGCUGGUGACUGUGGACCUCCUGGUGAGUUGAUCUCACACAGACACACACACACACAUACACAUACACAUACACACAGACACACACACACACACACAGUGCUCAGACCUCAGUCCAGCAGUAGAAACUCUCUGACCCCCGAUCUCCACCUUCAUCCUGAUCGUCUCCUAAAAGGUCGUAUCCUCCGAUCGUAGCUGAUCGUAACCAUUCAAGUUAACGUGUCAAUUUACACCGACUUCUUUCCGUUCCUCUGCGGAUCGCCGGACUCCUCAGCUGAUCACAAGAGUUCUAGUUUUUCUGGACGCCGGAGCAUGGCGGAUAAAUUCAGCACAGAUUAACCCGUGCUGGAAAGGAAGUCGGGCACAGACACAAAAUAAAACAUCCGGCUUCUUUUCAAAAUAAAACAUCCGGCUUCUUUUCAAAAUAAAACACUCCGUGUUUCAGGAGGAUCGUAUUUCACACCAUGCAAACGGGCGGAGACGAACAAGUUAAAGGUUUUUAGACGUCAUUUCACCCCGAUGACACCAUGGAUGAGGAGAUGCUGAUUCUAGAAGUCUAGAAGUAGAUUUCCUCCUCUGGAAGGACACAAUCUACUGCUUAUAUGUCUAUGUGUCUGUCUUUAGAGAGACAACUCGUUAUCGUCUGAUUGAACGUGAAUCUGCAGGUUCUUCUGAGCUCUCGUGAUUACCGCUGUCCGUAACCCGCCACGAAAUUCGCCUCACAAACUUAUCUGGUAGGAAAUGGCGGACGGCGAACAUCACUGCCCACGGUUCCAGUUUGGAGAGGUUCUGGAUGUGGUGAAAACUGGGGGUGAGGUCCAGCAGUCUGGUUCUGUCCUCUGACCUGUUUGGUUCUCCUGGUUCUGCAGGUUCUCCGUGAGUCCAAAGCCCUGAUGAGGAACACGAGUCGCGGCGCUCUGGAGCAGACCAACGAGCGAGAGUGUGAGGCUCUGAAGAGGGUCUGGGGUUCUUCUCAGGGGACCGACUCCAUCCUGCAGUACCUGCAGAGGAGGACCGAGCUCUGCUAGGACCUGGACCGGGACCAGAAACGGUUCCCUGGACUGAUGGGAGCUCUGCCCAUGUGUUUGUGUGGUGGUCCUGUUUGGGUCCUGGUCUUAGAGGAAACCCCAGGUCUGGAUCCUGAUCCUGUGGGGUUCUUCAGGGAUCAUCUCUGGACCCCCUCCAGUUUAGAUCCUGGACUCAGCAGGAACCACAUGGGGGGGGGUUGUUUUUGUAGGUUUUUGAUGAAGCGGGUUCAUGGUUCUGGAGAUCCAGACUCAGUUCUGUACUUUGUACCCUGGACCUGAUCAUGUGACUCUGGCGGGGGGGGGGGGGGGGGGUAUUUAAGGUUGGACUGAUAAACAGGAAGUGACCUCACAGCGCCCCCUUCAGGACUAACAGAGACCUUUGACCCCUGCUGUCUGUGGGAGGGGGCGCUAACAGGGACCAUUCAGCACUUUGACUGAGAGGAAUUCUGGGUAAUCACUGAUUGAUGACAGACUGAGGUCAUGUGACCCAUGUGGUCAUGUGACCCGGAAUCAGGUGAGCCGACUGAGCCGAGACUCAGAGACCAGAUCCGAAAGAACUGAACCAGGACCUGGACCACAUGACUCAGAACAUAGAAUCAAAUAAACGGAUUUAAACUGAAAC